AGAGCAAUACAACGUCAAGUCCAGAUGAACUCAUGACGUCGCCGUCCUGUUUAAAAAAAUGGCGUCGCAUAGGUAGACUUUUCUGACCAAAGAAACUCUACGAAGGGCUGUGUUUCCGACCCUUGGCUUGGUGGCUAAUCUCGCGAGAUGAGAUGAAUGGACCAGAACGUUAGAUUCUAACUUCACAUUCGCCUCACCAGGUCUGUAAACGAUACAUUGCGAGAUAACCCUCAAGCUGACAGAGCCAGUAAGUACGCGGCGUUUCUCCGGUUCAGAAAUCAAAUGAAGGCUGUGAUUCUCGCCGCCGGGUACGGAACCAGGCUUCAGAGGGAUGUGGCGGCCGACAGCAGCGGCACGUUCGCUCACCUGCUCGGCGUUGCCAAGCCGCUGCUUCCGGUAGGACGGUGUGCCUUGAUAUCCCACUGGGUCCACUCUUUGACCGCCUCUGGCUGCGUGGACUGCAUUUACGUUGUCACUAACGCUGUGUACCAGGCUGCGUUUGAGGAGUGGGCGUCACGCUUCACUAAUGUCAAGAUCCUCAGCGAUCAGACGACAAGCAAUGAGGGGCGUCUUGGUGCUGUGGCCUGCCUGCAACUUGCAGUAAAGCACUUCAAGAUAGAAGACGACGUGUUGGUGAUCGGCGGCGACACCCUCUUUAAAGAAGAUUUUAGCCUCAGUAAAAUAAAAGAGAGUUUUUCUGACCUCCAAGCAAAGUGCGGGGACAGCUGCCUGGUGCUGUCAUACCAAUGCAGGGACGAGGAAACUCAAAAAUACGGGAUACUGGAAGUAGACAGUGAACUUCGCGUGCUCUGUAUGAGGGAGAAACCUCCUCCUUCUGAGACGAAGUCGAGGAGAGCCUGUCCGUGUUUCUAUGUGUUGUCGAAGAAGAGCCUUCCUCUGCUGGACACCUUCAUCGAGGAAAAGAAGGAGGCUUCUAUUGAUGAAAAAGAUGCUCCAGGGAAUUUUGUGUCUUGGCUCAUUCCAAGGAUGCCGGUUUACAUUCAUGAGAUUUCUGGGCGUUUUGAUGUUGGAAACCUUCCUUCCUAUGUUGAAUGUGACCUCUACUUCAGAGAAAAACUUCAAGAUGUUGAGUCUUACAUGGUGUAGAAGAAACAGAAAUGGAUAAAAACACAACAUUUAUUGUGCCAUGUUAAAAAAGUGUCCAAGGCAAAAAUAACUUCAUGAAUCUGUAACAUGAAAUCAAGAACUUAAACUGUAAGCAUUAAGUAUCAAUUGUAUGUCAUUUUGUAAUGAAAAUUUUCUAUUAAAAUGAUUUAUAUAUUUAGCAGC